GAUCACCUUUUUUAUGGUGUAGUCUUGGAACCCUAGCUCAGUCAUGGCUUCAAAGGUUAUGGCUAUGUCUUUCAUCUUCAUGAUUUUCAUGGUGGUUUCAUUGCCGCCAAUUUAUGCUUGCGGUCAUUGUAUGCAGCCGCAUCCACCGCCACGUCACCAUCCCGCCCCGCCUAAGCGUCCCACUCAUCCUCACCCUCAUCCUCCAUUCACCAAGCCUCCACCACACCACGGAGGGCACCCACCAUCUAAAAAGCCACCGGUUAUUGUCCCUCCAAUCAUCAUUCCACCUCCUGUUACAAACCCCCCUGUGAUAAUUACACCUCCCAUUAUCAACCCUCCAAUAACAAACCCACCGGUUGUGGUACUUCCGCCACCUUCUCCUUACCCACCUUAUACCGGUAGCCCUGAUCCUGGUGGUGUUCCAGCUCCUCCAACUACUCAACCAACUUGUCCGAUAAAUGCACUCAAGCUAGGGCUUUGCGUUGACGUGCUUGGAGGCUUGGUCCAUGUUGGACUGGGGGAUCCAGUGGAGAAUGUUUGUUGCCCGGUUCUGAAGGGUUUGCUAGAGCUUGAAGCAGCGAUUUGUCUCUGCACUACUAUAAGGCUCAAGCUUCUUAACCUUAACAUUUUCAUUCCUCUUGCUCUUCAAGCUUUGAUAACUUGUGGGAUGACCCCUCCUCCUGGUUUUGUCUGUCCACCUCUAUUGUGAGUGUAUCUUCACAUCUAUCAUCAAUAAGGUUUGCCACCUCGAUCGGCUUCAUAAGUUCCCUCUUUAUGUUCCUUAAUUGUCCUUAAUCUUAACUAGCUAGCAAAAGCAGAACAAAGAAAAUGUUGUGAAACAGUCUUUGUUUUCUGCCUAGGGUUUAGCUGCUGCAUGCAUGUUGUUUGUUUUAGUCUUUGCUUUGUUUCUUGGUUAAGAGAAUUUGACAUCGGUUGGUUAGUAUAUCAAAUGUUU